AUGCCAGAAAACGAGAUAGAUGCAGCUCAACCUAGCACCAAUGAGGAUACACCAAAGACAGGUAGAACAUGUCUUCAAAUAAAGGAGUUCAAAGACAAAGCAAGGGCAUUAAUGAUUGCAGAACAUGCCAGAAUGCAAAGCUUGUCAGAAUUCUUCUUCUCCAAGUAUGACGAUAAAACACUUUAUGAAACUAAAUCAACAAAUACAGAAGAGGUGAAUAAAGGCAUCUACUUCAGCUACCCAAGUCGACGACACAGCUGUUCUUUGGUAAAUUUCCCUAAACCAUGUGUCAGCAAAAUGAUUGCCCACAUCGAAGAUGUGGAAUGUAAAAUACAGGAGCACUUGAAACAAUUCGAAGCUUCCUUUGAAGAAUGGACUUCAGCCACAAAAGAUAAAAAGGAAGACUUGGAUAUCUCUGCUUUAGAGCAAAAAAUCCCCCCAGGAAAAGCGAAAGAUGUGAAGUGUCCUGAAUUGAAGAAGAGGAUGGAGACAUUGCUAUCAGAGGCCAUCCACCUCGUUAAAAGUCUGGAAACUGACAGAGCAGAAGCAGAACAAGCUUUAAGACAACAAAAGUCAAGAAAGAAUAGGAUUAGCAUGAAAAUUGACUCUUGGUCCAUCUGGAAGCACCAAGAACUCCCAGUAGCUGUUCAGAAAGAACAUGAAGCCUUCUCCAAAGAAAUUGCAGAGCUGCGCAACCAACUUAAAGAUUUGAGGAACACGGCGGAUCAACUGCAGGCACAGGCGGACAUGUUGGAACAAGCCAAUUCAAAGGUCCAGGCGGACAUAGACUACAUGAUUUCUCAUAGCAUUCUGCUAGAGAAGAAGCGCAAGCAGGAGCUAGAACUUCUGAGAAAGCGGUACCAAAAAAAGCUUGAGGUGAUGGAACAAUUUAGAGCACUUCAUGAAGAGCUUAAAGAUUCUGUGGACCAGAUUGAAAAUGCCAAGAUAAGGCUGAAGCGUAUGAAAGAAGAGGAUGAGAGAGAGCUCCUCAAGGAUCUAAAAACUGCAGCAUCCUUUGAGAAAGAACUAGAUAAGCUUAGCAAUCUGGAUGAUCACUACACAACCUCAAUCGAGUCUGUGAACCAGGACAUUGAAGAGGACGAAGAAGUAGUGAGUGAGGUCCUGAGAGAAACACAGAGCACAUCAAAUGAACUAUCGAAUUUACUGAGAACGAUAGAGGAUUUGAAAAAACAGUUUGAUCAAUAUUGCUGGAUCCAAAGGAAAUAUGAACAGGAGUACACAGAGGCACUUAAUAAUUAUUACUCCGCAAAAAACACGUGGGACAUUGAGCUUUCUAAUAUUACAAAAGACUUCAACAAUAUCUCAACAGUGUAUACAGAGACGUUAGAAGAAAACAAGAGGCUUAAAUAUGAAAUUGACAAUAUAACAGAAGAAAUUGGAGAAAGUAUAAGGAAAAGAGCAGAGCUCGAGGAUGAAAUCCACUCAUUUAGGGAAAUGAAGAUGAGGAAUAACAGUUAUCUCAAACAUCUCUACAAGCAGUCUUAUCAUGUCGGGGCCGUCUACCACAUAGCUAGGCACAAAACAGAUGAACUGGAGGAUAAACUAGCAGAAGUGAGAAGAAAAUUCAAGGCUAGAGAAGAUUUUCUGAAGAGGCUUAUAAGAAGUCACAUAGCCACAGGUCUUGAGGUUCAGAAAAGGCUGUAUUCCGUUGAAGAAUCCCAGUUUGCUGAAAUGCAGGAGUAUAUAAGAAGAAAGGUACUCUAUAAUGCGGCUCUGUUAGAAAUACAGGAACCACUGAAAGAGUUUGAAAAAGAGGCUGAGAGAAUCAGGAACAUUCACAAAGAGCACUCUAAAAUGGUUCGUGACAUACGGAGGAGGAAAGAACGUGUUAAAAGAAAAGUAGAGGCAACAAAGAAAAAAUUACAGAAAAAAAGCAAGAAAACCCUCAAGGAACUCACAAAAACUGAGGGAAAGGGCACAGUAAUUCACCAAGAAAUUGAGAUAGCUAAAACCAAAACAUUUGUUUUCCACGAGAAAAGCAAGGAGCUGAGCAAGGAGAUAAUGAUAAUGAAUCUGGAGAGGAAAAGCUUCGAAGAAAAACUUGAAAAGUUGCAGGAAGAGUUCAUGAAGUUGCGAUUCGACAGGGAACACGUACACGGCGUGUUCGACCAUAUCUUAAGAGAGAGACAGCGCUGUGAAGAGAGGAUCUUCGAUGAGGAGAGGAGGUUCAAAAGGCUUACAGAAAUGAGGAAGGACACCCUGAGGAACAUCUUGGACCGUCAAAGCGAUUUACUAGACGAAAACCUACGUUUAGCCAAAGAGUAUCAAAACACACAGAUGCUUUUCUUAAAGGAGAAAGAAGCUUACUUCAAUGGAUAUGACAGAUUGUUGUCACUCAAUUCUUCAGUUUCUGAUAAGAAAAAGCUCUGUCAGCUGCAAAGAAAGCUGGACCAGAAAUGGCAAGAGUACUUCCGACUGUUGAUCCUUUUUAACCAGUCUAAGCUGGCCAAGUUCCAGGAAGACUCCCAGAACAGCAUUCAGAAAAUAUUUGUUGUGCAGGAGGAAUCCUCAAGUCUAAUUCAGCACAUCUUAGAUUUCUUCCAGACCCUCCCAACUAGUCCAUGUGAAGAAGAUGACUAA